ACUAUUAUCACCAACGUGUAAACAAGGAAGAAGACAAAAACAGUGAUCUUGUUUCAUGAAGGUCCAUUGCUAACACAGAAUAGCCAGCCAGCCAUGCGAUAGUAAUUUUCUUUCUUUCCUAAAUCGCAUAAAACGACUCGUCACCCGGCUGUAGCCUAGAGCGCGAGAUCGGAUCGGAGAGGGUGUGACCAUUUUUGUGUGGAUGUUUCCCGCCAUUAUCCCGAUCUAGGAUACAACAGAUAUCAUACGCAUUACAGCACCUUACCUCGCGAAUCGUAUUUUCAAACCAUUUACAAUACGAGCCAGACCGUGAGACACAACAUUCUCUCUUUUUACUGGAUAUAUUACCAGUACAAUUAUUGAGCUAUAGCUCAGUUUUGUCCACUCGCGAACAAUAGGAACACACCUUCUUUUUUGUAAUUGUCUGGUGAGACGACUCGACCUGAAGCAACUAGGUUCGGCCGACCUUUCAUUGUAGUAUAUAAAAUAGGGGAACAUUUCGGAGUUGAAUAUCCUCUCUUCAAUUUGACUCAGCUUCAGGAGUACCACAGAAAUAAAUCAACAUGACGGGCCGAGCACCACCGAGCGGGAUCAACAAGGACAUUGAGGACAAGAAAGCUGCGAAGUAUCCUACAGAUAUAGAGAUAGAAGCAAGGAAAUGGGUACAGGAUGUCUUGGGCGAACCGUUGCAGAUCCAGGAGGUUGGUUCUCAUCACUUUGCAGAGUCACUCAAGUCUGGUGUUGUGUUGUGCAAAUUGAUCAACACUCUCAGUGAACAUUGUCAGAUGCCUAAAAUCAAGAAGAUCAACGAAACAAAAAUGGCAUUCAAACAGAUGGAGAAUAUUAGUAAUUUCCUAACGUUUGCAGGCGAUUUUGGUGUACCAAAGGAAUCUCUCUUCCAGACGGUGGAUCUCUAUGAGGAACGAGAUGUGGGGAUGGUUGUGAUGUGUCUCCUUCGGCUGGGCGGCGUAGCUACAAAGAAGGGCUAUCCUAUCAAGUGGGGUAUCGCCGUCGCAGACCCCAACAAGCGUACAUUCACCGAAGAGCAACUGGCUGCAGGCAACAACAUCAUCGGCCUUCAGGCUGGCUCGAACAAGGGCGCAUCCCAAAAAGGAUUAAGCUUUGGAACACAAAGAAAAAUGUGAAACUCCCCAGAUAAAUAUGCACACAUACAUGUACACCUUGGCACGCCGGUGUUACCCGUGAGAAAUAUAUAACGUCUGCUGACAGCUAAAAGGGCAUUUAAUCAGUGCUAAUGUAUGAGGCCCGAAUUCACGAAAGUGGUUUAUCUUAGCCCAUAGUGUAUAUCUCCAUUUUAAUUAAAGCAGACUAGUACAUGCAUGUCCUUGUGUCCAGUGAACAGGCAAUAUACAGUCAAACCUGCUUUAGUGACCACCUGUCUACAAAGGCCACAUUUGUUGUUUCCCUUGAAAAUGGUUUCUCAUUGAAUCAUGUACUAAAUGAACCUGUCUACAAAGACCACCUGUCUACAAAGGCCACUUUUUGUGUUUCCCUUGGGUGGUCGCUAUAGACAGGUUUGACUGUAUAUGCUUCUUUACCAGCUUCAGAUCUGUAUCCUCACUGUAUGUUUCUUUACACAACAGUAGCUCAGUUCAGGUGGGGGUAUUUCAGUUCAAGGGGAGGGGUUUUUAACCAUAGUAAAGCCAUUGGGUUAAAUUUGAACCUUGUUUUGUGAAUUCAACCCUAUGACUUAUGUCCUUCUGGCUCUCAGCAGACAUCAUGUACUAGUUUGAGCUAGAAACAUAAAGCCGGAUCUUAAUUUUGGCCCAUCAAAAAAUGUUGGUUAAACUUAAUAUUCUCUGGUGCUACAUAAAAGUGAGCAGUUCUUCCAUAUCAUCAUUAAGUUUAUUUGUUUGGUGCAACUAGAAUCAUGUUUCUCCAAAUUAGUGAUUAAGCACAAAUUACAAUCAAAUACAGAUUUCAUAUCGUCAGCCACAUCGGCCAACUUCCAACAAGUAAAGAGUACAAGAAAACCUUCAUUCUGACUUGCUUCUUUAAGAGUGUUGAUUGGUGGGAAGUUGUAUUGCUUUUGAUAGGGGAACUGUGAUUGGCUGUCGGUUUGCUGGCAUCUUAUGAGGGAGUUGUGAUUGGUUGUUAGUUGUUACCCUAUCAGGGUCCACGUUUCAACAGUAAAGGAAUAAAACAUAUUUUCUCUUUGGCUGUUAAUUGUAGCCAUUCAGUGACCCCUUGCAAGAAGUAAAUAGUAAAAAGAGAAUUUUGAUUGGCUGUUACUUGCAUCUGAUCGUGGUUUACCAAUCAAAAAGUAAAUAUAGAAAUUUAAUUCUGACUUGCUUCUGAUAAGAGGGCUGUUAUUGGUUAUUAAUGGCAUCCAAUGAAAUUGCAUUUAUCUGUCUAAAAGGCUUGUUCUCCAAAUGCUAUUGUGACUGUAAUAUUGAGAGUAUAUUGAAGAUGAAAUUAAAUAAGAUGACUUGAUACACGGGAAGCUGGUAAUCAUGGAGUUUUGAAAUUAGUGUCAAGUCUGACAGACAUGAGCGCUAUACAAGAACCCACCAUUAUUAUUAUUAUCAUUAUUAUUAUUAUUAUGAAAAUAGGACUGGCAUGUGGCCCAAUAUGUAUUUUCUUUUUUAGUAAUUUGUAUAGAAAGAAAUUGUACUUGUUUUUCAUAGAAUAAAUGAACUUCUUUUAUGUGCCAUGACAUUCGAAAUCUUUCUACCAUAAAAUCUUCUUCUGACAUUUCCAAGGCAUACACAUUCCCACAAUAUUGGCACCAUUCCUUCCUUUUCUGUACAAAAUGUGAGAUUUCAAGCCAAUUGUACAGUUGUAAAUAAACGUGAGGACUUACUUGAAGCAGACAAUGGCUGUGUAGUUUGUUUUUCAUAAUUUCCACCUUAAAUAUGAUAAGCUAUGGCACACAGGUUGCUAUGACGAUGCAUGCUGACUUGUUUAUUGAAACAUUAUACGUGUAGUAUAGAUUUUAAUAGUAUAGUGUGAAUUUUGUUUUCUCAUUCUUACACCACUCAGUUUUUAUACAUAUUUGUAUUUGUAGUUUUGUACGUCAUUUCUGUGUGGUCUGCUUAUUUUGUCAUUGUGAGGUAUUUUGACGUUUACCUUUUUCUUAUUCAAAGAAAGAUCUCUCUUCCAAAGCUAAAUGCAUAUUACAAACUCGUAGUUUCACUGCAGUUGAUUUUUCAAAGACAUUUUAGAGGCUGUUGGAGAAAAAAAUAUAGGGAGAAAGUAAGUUUUAAAUUGAUAUGUGCAGUAUUACUCAUACAUAAAAAUCUAUGUAAUUGUAUCUUGACAAAAGUGACAAAAGUCAACCAAUCUUUGAAAGAGUUCUAAAAUGUUUAACAUUUUGGAAUGUGAAUUGUGUGUAGUAAAUACAGAAUGUUUUGUCUUCCUUCCAUUUGUGUAUUUGUUUGCGAUAGAUAUAUAUUUAUGCUGAUUUAUUUGUAUUUAGAUGCUAUUUAGUAAACUUGGUGAAUAAAACAUAGGCAUGGAUUUGUCAAAAGUACAGAAA